AUGGCGCAGAGUAAUUUCUUGAGUCAUGGUGAGGAGCAGAGGAACGGUGACGGCAAGCCUAAGAGGUUGAAGAUUUCCGUGGCGCAUUUCGACAACUCUGCGCUUAUCAGGACCUAUUCCAAAACUCUGAUUGGAAGGUGCAUGAAUCCCGUGGAACAAGAGAUGAAGGCUUUGUUUACAAAUCUUCCAAAGAUUUGGAAAUUGGAAGAAAGGGUUACGGGUAGUGACUUGGGCUUUGGCAAGUUUCAGUUCGACUUCAUGACGGAGGAGGAACUUGAAGCUGUGUUGAGGCAACAACCAUAUCAUUUCGGCUACUGGAUGCUAGCAUUGGACCGCUCCUACAUUGGAGAGUAUUGGUGGGGGAGAGUGGUGGAUGUAGAUGUGGUCCAAAACCGAGUUCAAGUUGUGAUUGGCGCUUUCAAAGAACUGUGCUUUGAAACGACGAUAGACUUCAAAGGAGGAGAAUUCUACGAGGAGGAGGAGGUGGCGGUAUCUCUGCGCUACGAGAAGCUCUUCGGUUAUUGCAAGGGCUGUGGGAGUCUUUGUCACAAGGAGGAGAUAUGCCCUCUUGAUGAGAAGAACAUUGAUGAGAAGAACACAAAGGCGGAACCAGAAAGAAGGAGGGAGAAUAGAGAAGGAAAUGGGGGAUGGACUGAUGGCGCGAAACAUGAAGAGCGAGCUCGUAGCUAUAAGGGCGUGGUCAUUAACGGCAAUACGGGCCAACAGAACAGAGGAAGAGACAGUAAGGAGUAUUAUGGAAAGGGUAAAGGUAAGAUGGGGGAGGCACCUGAUUCUAAGUGGGUGAAGGUGCCAGAGCGGGGCAACAGGAGACCUUAUAACCAUUACGGAAACUACAGAGGUAAUGGGGAGGGUUCACGGGUUAAAACUACAUACCGAGAAGCUGUUCCAGUUGUGGGCUCUGGUACUCAAGGGGUGUCGUCUAGGACAUAUCCACUGCAACGAAGAGAGGAUCAGGGGCAGCAGCAGGAUGUACCUCAGGUAGCACGUGAAGAAGGCGAGAUCACGCUGAAUGGAGAUGCUGCUGCAGCACUACCGUCUGCAGAAUUUCAAAUGGAACUUGCUAAGACACAGGCCGAAGGAUCGGAGGUGGUCGUGGAGGCUAUGGAGGAGAGGAGUUUACUUGCAGUGCAAGGAAUGAUGGAGAAACAUGAUGAGACUUUUGACGAUAUUGAGAUGGAAAUUGAUGCUAUUAAUGCGGCGAUGAUGGCGAGUGGUGUCGACUUGGAGGCAGAGGAAGAGUUUCAAACUCUUUCAGAAGAGGAGUUUGAGCAAGCUUCUGAGGCUCAGGUAGAGAAUGUUCUUCUUCAGAAUGCGGAAGAACCGGUGGCUGGUGAUGCGAACAUCAAUACAGAGUUGGGGGCAGGGGAAAUGGCGAUGAGACAGAGUCAUCGUAAGAGGUUAUUUAAGCCCAACAGCAGCAGCACUGCGGGUAGUACUAAAAUGAGAAUGGCGUCUGCGCUUGUUUCACCAAGGAAGAAAAUUGCAGCUAAGGUCGGGACUCGUCAUGGAGACAAUACCAAACCACCGGAGAGCAAGGGACCUUCAAUCCCGAAGCCGGUUAACUUAAAGUUCUAA